ACAUGAUUUCCUCUCUAACCUAAAUAAUCGUAAACUUUAAUGAUUAAUAUUUCUGUUUGCGGGGCAGAGCAACGCUUUUUUCUGCCAGAUUUUUUCAUUUUAUGCAAAAACGCGUCGACUGAGUAUAAUUUCAUCAAUUUUUGAGGUGACCGGAAUAGAUCGCACCUUUACCAAAGCUAAAAAUUAUAAAAAAUGGCACGAAAUGCAGAAAAGGCUAUGACAACGCUUGCUCGUUGGAGAGCAGCACAAAACAAUGAAGGGACAAGGAAGGAACAGGAACGGAGGCCUUAUUUGGCUUCAGAAUGUAGAGACUUACGUAAAGCAGAAAAAUGGCGAAUGCAAAUAAUUAGAGAGAUUGCGAAGAAAGUCGCCCAGAUUCAAAAUGCUGGGCUCGGGGAGUUCCGCAUUCGUGAUCUAAAUGACGAGAUUAAUAAACUCCUUAGAGAGAAACGACAUUGGGAAGUACAAAUAAAGGAGCUUGGUGGACCUGAUUACUCCAGGGUCGGACCUCGUAUGUUAGAUCAUGAGGGACGUGAGGUUCCCGGUAAUCGAGGUUACAAAUAUUUCGGAGCUGCUAAAGAAUUACCGGGUGUUAGAGAAUUAUUUGAGCAGGAGCCACCACCGCCGCCUCGUAAAACUCGUGCGGAAUUAAUGAAAGAUAUCGAUGCGGACUAUUACGGCUAUAUGGACGAUGACGAUGGUAUUCUAAUACCAUUGGAACAAAAAGCCGAGCAGGAAGCGAGAGAAAAGUGCAUUAACGAAUGGGUAGCUCACGAGAAGGAACCGGAAGUCGAGAUUGAGACAACGGCACAAAAAUUGAUUCCUUCGCAGCAGGAUAUUCAGGAAGCCUUGCUGGUUAGAAAAAAGAAAGAGCUGUUAGAAAAGUACGGGCUAGACUGAAGUUGAGGCAUACCUGAAGGGAACGUGAGAUACCAAUUAGCUCCCGUUCAGACGCAGCACGAGCGCCCGUGCACCCAUGUUUUUUCAGACGAGGUGCACAUCAAUGAAUACUGAA